AUGGCUCAGGUCACGCUUAUCACGUUCUUGCAGCAGCCACUGGCAGCAGUUCCGGUCCACCCCCCACCCCAGAUAGGCCGCAACACUACGAAUCAAGCAUACACAGUACCAUAUGUCUUGAACGGCGCGGUGAUCGCGGCUGACCCUAUGCCAGUCUCUCCACCACGACCCAUUACCGCUGAAAAUGUUCUCCAAGCGCAAAUCUGCGAGAUUUUGAGACCACGCAUUCGACGCUCAUUGCGAGUUGGAUUUUCUUUUUUAGCAAACAAUGGAGGAAUGCAGGGUCGCACAGAACUGUGUUUUGAUGUUGGCAAAGCAGCACGAGCAAUUGAAAAUUAUAAACCUGAUACUGCAUAUUUCGACAUUCAUGCGGCUCCAGCAACUGCACCCAACCGUGCUCCAGGAGAUGUCAAGCCCUCGUGGAAAUGGAGAACCGACAUGGGAGGGAGCCAAAUUGUCAGUCAACGAAAUGAGUAUCACCAAGCGUUAAGCCAGGUUAAUUUUUAUAUGAACCAGCACAACAGUCGCUAUGGGUUCCUUGUCACCAACCAAGAACUAGUCGCAAUCCGGAAGCUGGUCGAAAAUGGAAAUCUUGAGCUCGCUCAACCAAUCCUUUGGACCACAGGAGGAACUGCCACCCAACCGCGAUUGACUGUUAUGCUUGCUUUGUGGUACAUUGGUAUGCUUGCAUCGCAUGAUCAGGGAGUCAACAAUUGGCGGAUGUGA